AUGGAUGCACGAAGCGGUUGGGAAUACGCAGGAGUAGGCAAGAGAGGUAGCCCGGGGUCACGAGGGAUGCGCAGCGGUGAGGAGGUGAACAUGAGAGGGCGGGGCGCAGUGGACAUGGAUGUCUUGUGGGCGGAUCCAGCGGUGGGAAGAGGGGGCGGGGAUAGGGAUGCGCGCGCUGAUAAAGGCGGGGAAGGCGGGGAGUACGACGACGACGACGAGGAGCACGAGGCACCGGCGCUGGAGCGACUAGAAGCCGUGUCGCGCCACUCGACCCCGUCGCGCUUUUCGUUGAACGCCUCGCCCGGGGUGCCUGGCGCGGGCAGGGAAAGGUCCGCUGAGGGCAUUCCCCGACCGCGCACCGGAGGGCACGGCGCGCGCAGUAUGCACGACGGCGCGCAGGCGCAGAGGGGCGACGGGGCGGCCAAGGUCCAUCCGCGCACCCGGGCACUGCGCGCGUCGCACCACCGCCGCUGGGCGUCGUUCGACGGUUCGAAUGCCAUGCUUUGGGACGGGGAAGACAUAUCGCGUGCGCAUUCCGCGGAGAAUUCGGCGCGGUUGCCAUGGGGCGGCGCGGCGGAGCAACAGCUGCAGAGCUCGCUGCACCCCGACAGCCUGCUCCGCGAUCCCUCCGCGUCCGCGGUCGGCUCAGCUUGCCCAAAGCCCUCCGUGCGCCGAACGCGCACGCGACAGCAGCGACAACCGCGGGCGAACGCGAGCAGCCAGCUGCAGAUGCGAUCUCGAUCGGACCGGCUGGGUGAGUCGGGUAACCAAUCAGAUGGCGAAGUUGAGGGCGGCGGCGCGUUAGCGGGCGAGGGGUCGUCGGACGACGACGAGCUAUUCCGCCCCACGCCGCCGCGCAUGCUGGGCGGCGUAGGAGCGCGGUCCGGCAGGUGGGCGAGCGCGAGCAGCGGGGAGCGCGGGUCCGUGCUGGCGGCAUGGCAGCAGCGCGAGCUGGCGCAGGUGGAGGAGAAACUCCGCCACGCGGGCGAUGGCGGAGAGAUGGCGGGAGGCGCGCUGGCGGGUGCGAGUCAGGGGCGGGGAAUGGAUGGACUGGGGGACGAGAGGCGCAGGCUCGGCGGAGAGGCCUUGUGGGGGAGGGGGGAAGGGGAGGCCGAGGCGGAGGCGGUGGGCGCAACGGAAGGGGACGGUAGUGAGUCAACGGUCAGGGGCGCGCAGGAUGGUGCGCUGGCAAGUGAGAUGAUGACACGUGGACUCUUGGAUGAUGCUGACGUGGAUGCGAGGGAGAAUGGGUCGUGCAGACAGGGCGACGCGGGAAGGCGGAGAAGGGAGCAAGGGGAAGACGGGGGUGAAGGGGAAGCGGGGGAGGAUGUAGGAGGGCGGGAGGGAGGCAGUGAAGGGCUGGUGGGGGUCGCAGCGGGGCAGGAGGAGGCGGAGGCGGAGACUCAAGAGGGGGAAGAUGCGGGGGGGGAGUUGGGGACGGGGGACAGGGGGGAAGCUGACGGAGAAGAUCUGGAGGGGGGGAGCAGAGUGGACGGGGCGGAGGGGGAGGGGGAAAGCGAGGCGCGCAGUGCAGAGGAGCACAAGGCGGAGGAGGGGGAGGAGCGCGAGCAGGGCGGGCAUGGGGAGGGCGGGCAUGGGGAGGGCGGGUGGCCCAAGUUCCUGCGGCGCAAUGCAACCGCGCAGCCGGGGGGGGGCAAGGGGGAGAGCGGGGGGGGGCGGGGGGAGCCGGCUGGGGCAGCUGCUGCGCAACGGGACGUUCAAGCGCCCGCAGGGGGAGGGCGAGGAGCGCCACGGCAGCCGCCUGGGCCGCGUGGCCACCGCCGUGCGCGCUGGGCUCAAGUCCAGGAGGGGAAGGGCUUUGAGGGGCUGGCAGCGCCCAAGCGCGUGCAGUUCCAAAUGACGGAGCUGGAGUUCGCCACAGACGGCUUCGCGCGCGAGAACAUAUUGGGAGAGGGCGGAUUCGGCACGGUGUACCGCGGCCUACUACCAGUAGCACCCCGCGUGGAGGUGGCGGUGAAGGUGUUGAAGCAGCUGGGCGUGCAGGCGGACGAGGAGUUCCACAUCGAGCUCGAACUGCUCUCCCGCCUGGACCACAAGAACCUCGUGCGCCUGCACGGCUUCUGCUCCACCGCCUCCCAGCGCAUGCUCGUUUACGAGUUCCUGCCCAACGGGAGCCUCACCGACCACCUCCAUGGCCCCCCUGGAACGGCGGAGCUGUCGUGGGAGCGGCGGGUGCGCAUAGCAGCGGGGGCGGCGAGGGGGCUGGCUCACCUGCACCGGCAGCGACCACAGAUCCUGCACCGCGAUGUGAAGGCGCCCAACAUCCUGCUCACCUCUAACUUCACUGCUAAGGUGGCGGACUUUGGGUGUGCGAAGCUGAUACGGCGCACGGAGGUGGUGCAGGACGCGGUGACGGGGCGGCAGGUGGAGCGGCUGUGUGACAGUGUGGACUACGCCAUGGGCACGCCGGGUCACAUGGCGCCAGAGAUGCUCAUGACCGGCGAGAUCAGCGCCGCCACUGAUGUGUACAGUGUGGACUACGCCAUGGGCACGCCGGGUCACAUGGCGCCAGAGAUGCUCAUGACCGGCGAGAUCAGCGCCGCCACUGAUGUGUACAGGUGGGUGCUGCACAGUGCAUGCAGGUGGGUGAUGGUGCACGCAGGCAGGUGGAGCGGCUGUAUGCCAAGCAUGCAGGCAGGGCUCGGCUGCCGGGCUUGGCUUGCGGUGCGGGGGAUGAGUGAUCGCUGGCAGCAUACGUGCAUUCACUCUCCCCUGCUGCUGCCCUGUUCCUCGCCACCACCUCCUCACGUUCACCCUCUCUGCUGCUUGUUAUACGCCAUGCUCCCUCUCCUCGCCAUGCUCCCUCUCCUCGCCAUGCUCCCUCUCCUCGCCAUGCUCCCUCUCCUCGCCAUGCUCCCUCUCCUCGCCAUGCUCCCUCUCCUCGCCAUGCUCCCUCUCCUCGCCAUGCUCCCUCUCCUCGCCAUGCUCCCUCUCCUCGCCAUGCUCCCUCUCCUCGCCAUGCUCCCUCUCCUCGCCAUGCUCCCUCUCCUCGCCAUGCUCCCUCUCCUCGCCAUGCUCCCUCUCCUCGCCAUGCUCCCUCUCCUCGCCAUGCUCCCUCUCCUCGCCAUGCUCCCUCUCCUCGCCAUGCUCCCUCUCCUCGCCAUGCUCCCUCUCCUCGCCAUGCUCCCUCUCCUCGCCAUGCUCCCUCUCCUCGCCAUGCUCCCUCUCCUCGCCAUGCUCCCUCUCCUCGCCAUGCUCCCUCUCCUCGCCAUGCUCCCUCUCCUCGCCAUGCUCCCUCUCCUCGCCAUGCUCCCUCUCCUCGCCAUGCUCCCUCUCCUCGCCAUGCUCCCUCUCCUCGCCAUGCUCCCUCUCCUCGCCAUGCUCCCUCUCCUCGCCAUGCUCCCUCUCCUCGCCAUGCUCCCUCUCCUCGCCAUGCUCCCUCUCCUCGCCAUGCUCCCUCUCCUCGCCAUGCUCCCUCUCCUCGCCAUGCUCCCUCUCCUCGCCAUGCUCCCUCUCCUCGCCAUGCCCAGUCCCCACCUUCGCUCCACCAACCCCUUCCAUCCGCGCCCUCGAUUCCAAUCCCAUCCCUCCAAUCCGUUGCACCCCACUGCCCCUUUCCCGCCGCCCGCCCAGUUUCGGCGUGGUGCUGCUGCAACUGGUGACCGGGCGGCUGCCGAUCGACGCCGCCCGGCAGCAGCUGACGAUGUGGGCGGCGCCACUACUGGAGGAGGAGCGCUGGGAGGAGCUGCUGGACCCGCGCCUGCAGCGCGCCCUGCUGGGGCGGGGGCAGCAGGGGAGUUGAGGCGGCUGGUGGCGGGGCGGUCGGUGGGGCGGUGUGUACAGCUGGCGGGCACGUGUCUUGACAUGGACCCGCUGCAGCGCCCCUCCAUGGAGGACGUCGCUCUCUCCCUGCUCGCCAUCUACAGCUCAGCCUGCGCGGAGCGAGACGAGGCGCUGCAGCCGGCAAGCGAGGGCUUCAGAAGCGGCCGAAUGCUGCCGCCCGCCGGCCCGUCAGACCCCACGCGGGCGGGGUCGGGGGGGAGUGGCAUACCGGGGGCGGGUGGGGGGGGGAGCGGGGCAGUGGUGGGGGGAAGUGCGCGGAUGACUGCUGGUAGUGGGGGGCUAUCAGUGUCGCCUGAGAGGCCAGCCGGGACUGCCAAGGCGAGAUUCCAAAGGAACCGGUCAGCCCGGCACACGAGCUUUGGAUGA